AUGUUUAAGGGGUCAGUGUAUGUGAAUCAGGAUAAGCUGGAAACCCAUGAACUACGCUCUAGAAGAAUUUUAUUUAAGCCAAAUAUUUGGGGCCAAGAGGAGGGCUCAUAUUUUGGCUAUGCUGUGAGCUCCGGCUACUUUUACAGCUCCAGCUCAGCCAACCUUCUCUAUGUGGCCACCGCUCCUCACGCGAACAAUAAAUCUGGCGAGGCCUACAUCUUUGACUAUCGAGAUGAAGGUAGAACCAUCCACAAGCACCGCGUCUUCCAGGGCGAGCAGUUUGGCGAAUACUUCGGCUACUCCGUUUUGGCAGAGGAUCUCAAUGGAGAGGGAAGAACGGACCUCAUCAUAUCAGCGCCCCAGUAUGCUUUGGAGGGUUCCUUCGACAAUGGUGCCAUUUAUAUGUUUAUUAAUAAAGGUUAUUUCAACUUUGCGCGGACAAUUAUAUUGUCGCCACUGGGCAGUAAGGGCCGUUUUGGAAGCACUCUAUCACGUAUAGGCGAUAUUAACCUUGAUGGGUACAAAGCAAAGAUGGGUUGCGGGAGUCAGCGACUAGAUGCUCCUUACCAUCUGGCUUCCAAGUACGGCGCAGCAAUGUUUGGCCACGGCCUAUCCCGCGGUUUCGACAUGGAUGGCAACGGAUUCAACGACUUCGUUAUCGGGGCCCCCAAUGCGGAGGUCUCCUUUUUAUUUAAGGCAUAUCCAGUUGUAAGGGUACUAGCAAGAGUAGAACCUACAUCACAAAGGAUCGAAACGGAGCAAGAACACCUUAACAUCACCGUCUGCUACGGACUGGAUAUUACUUUCAAUAUAAAUAAGGUACGACCGCAGGAGGUAGACAUAGGGAUUGGCCUCGACGCGGAAAAAAGUGAAAUAGAGAAGCGGGCUGUCUUCAAUGGCAGCAGUAAGAUCUUCUUUUCGAGUAUGGCAAUUCUCGAAGAGACAUGCAGGAAUUUUGAAAUUCAAAUGGUCAAGAAAGCUAAAUUCGAGAACAUUGCUUUGAAAAUGCACUACAAGCUAAAGAAGAAUAUUCCGGAAUCUGGGGAGUUUUGCGAAGACUGCGCGCUUGUUGAUCCAGCAGAACCGACAUUCACCACAGGGUACAUCACUUUUAACACGGGCUGUUUCACUGUUGAUUGUGUCGCUGAUCUGAAGUUAAGGAGCAUCAAUGUGAGUGCCCAGAACGAGUCCCAUCCCGAGGACAACAGCCUAACCACCGUGAUCACUCUGAGGGAGCACACCGACAUCGAAGCCAUUGGGUAA